UCAACUUUUCAAAUUCUAUGUCAAUAUAUUUACAAUGUCCAGUAAUCAAAGAAAAUCUAUCAUUAUUAAAAAGAACAUUUCUCGAAAGUAUGAAGGUAAUCCUAACUUGAAAUUAAAAAGUGGCACGGAUCGAAUCAACCAUAUAGAACUAGUAAAAGAGAAAGUUAAUAUUUGUCCCAAUGAAAGACAAUAUAAAACCCCUCAAAUGAAUACUAUUUUGCGUGAAGUUAAUCAAAUUGAAAACGUUCAGUCUUUACGCCCACAAGUAUUUAAAAAGGACAUCGAUUUAACACCACGAUCAAAAGCUGUAAUUGCUCCCAAGGUCACUCAAAGGCUGAACUUUAACACAGACCAAGUGGUGUUUAAAAAUCUUACACCAAUUAAUGUUAACGACACAAUAUUGAUUCAGAAGCAAUGCAGCGCAAAUCCUAAUAAAUACAAAAAGACUAACAAAACACCAUCGCCGGAUCUCUGUCACUGGCUUGAUCCUAUACCAUCGUUAAAACAUGAAAUACGCGAACCAGAAAUUACUUUAGAGUUUUGUGAAAUUGAAAUCGAUCCAUUUGAAAGUUAUCUUCAGUUAAUAAAUUGAUAUUUUUUAUUAUUUAUAUAUUAAUAAUGUAUCAUUAUCGCAUAAUAUAUUUAUCCAAUAAAAUUCAUAACUACUAAAUGUAGUAUAACGUGGGCAAAAAUAAAAU